GUUCAUGAUCCAAGGAGGUGAUGUGGUGAACAAGGAUGGGACAGGAAGACCUUGGUCUGCACUCGGUACCCCGAUGUUUGAGGAUGAAGUGUUUGCCGUGAACCACACCGUCGCGGGUUUCGUUUCUAUGGCGAAUUCCGGCCCGGACACGAAUGCUUGUCAGUUUUUCAUCACCGUAGGUGGCGCUCCUUGGCUGGACGGGAAGAACGUGGCAUUUGGAAAGGUGAAGUUUCGUAUUUAUUCCGAAGGAGAGGGACAGAAUCAGUCGCUUGAAUUGCUUUUGUUAAUGAUGUACGGUACUGUUGUUGCUGGGAUGGACGUGGUGUAUGCAGUGACAGACAUAAAAACGGAUUGGAAUGACAAACCUCACGAAGAUGUCGUUGUCGUCGACUCUGGUCUUCUUCCACUGAGUGGGCAUUAUGAAAUCCCUGAGGACCCUUACGAGGAACUAAAUAUUAAAUGGCUGCAGAUAUUCCCUGUGGACAAUGCGCGGAAGGUUGUCUUAUCAAAUGGAAAUGGAUGCUCUCAUGGAAGUUCCAGCGCUGAUGCUCCUCAGGGCCAACAC